GCUGCUGCUGCUGCUGCUACUACCUCCUCCUUCCACCCGUAGUCUUCCAUCCAGCUAUGCUGAGGGGUGUCCUCCCUGCCUGUGAAUGAUAUUGAAUGAUGGAAGGACGGAGGGGGUUGUAGUAUAUUUGUCUUCCGAAAAGGAAGGACGAAAGGAGGCCCGCAAGAGCCCCGUGUGUAUGUGUCCGUGGGCAGGUGUUAUUUUCCUCUUUCACACGGACACGGUUCUUAGUUGGGGAAGAACAUUAGCACACGGACUUUAGCACGAUUUAAGUGUUUUCAAUCAUCGCGAAAGUGAGCUCGUUGCGAGUUAUUUUUUUUUGUGCUGUGCGAAGGAAGUAUAUUUUCGCUUCAAGCGAUUGACAGUAAUGCCCCUUCGAGUGCAGUGUUUUCGGGAACAGUAGAAAAUUAUGUAAAUCCGGCCAAGAGAAGGAAUUAUCAUCAACAAUUCAAUGCACCUGAGGAAAAGUUCAUUGCUGACGCAUAUAUAUGUGUGUGAUUGAGAUUGGGAAAAAUGGUGGUCAAAACAAGUCGCGAAUGCAAAAGUGUGCGCUUUCGAAAAAUCGUGAGGAAAAUAUUUCCAUUGCAUGCAGCAGAAAAAAAACAAGAUUCUGUUUUUAUUCGAGACCGUAAAAAUCUAGUCCUCUGCGAGUAAAGCGAAUCCAGCAAAAAGAAGGAAGCUACAGCACACGAACGAACGAAGCUCUCGUUUCGAACUCAACCACGAGAGGGAAGGAGAUAUGGAACAAUGCAAUAACGAUCGUCCCUGUGUAAUCAGCAGUGGGAACUUUUUCCCGCAGUGCACUUCGUCGACCAACAAUAACAACAAUAAUAACCACAACGGCAACAGCACCAGCGGCAGCAACAAGCAGAAGCAGCAUCAGCACCCGCACCACUCAUCGCUACAGCAUUCCCCGCCACCAAUUAGCAGGCACCUGACGCAUAAGCAUGACCCGAACCUGCACAGUCCGACGGAUCAGUCGUCGCUCGGUGAGAUCGAGGUGAUUCUGGUCCAGCAGCACAAGCAGGAUGCCCUGUCGGUGAUUAUCCAUCCGCAGGAGGGUAUGCAGCAGAUCAACAUGUGCUUGAGUGGUUCCGGCAAUCCGGGCUCGGUCGACUCGAUGAUGUCGUCGGACUUCCAGACUCUGUCGCCGAUGCACGAUCGGGACUCGCCGGUCAGUAUCAGCGCGAACACGUCAUAUGCGACGUUAACGCCACUGCAGCCCCUGCCACCCAUUUCGACCAUGUCGGACAAGUUCGCGUACUCAAUAGGGGGAAACAUCUGCGAGGCGUUCCCCGGCAUGAACAACAGUUCCGUCGGGGUAAAUAUCGAGAUCAACUCCUGCUACAACCUCGAGAAGCUGGGAGUGAUUCACUCCCCGGUUCAUAUGAACUCAGUGCAGGAACUGUCGCCAACCGAUGUCCAUCAUGAGCUGGAGAAAAGUCAUGUGCUGAAAGACGCCAAGUUAAGCCACCAUCUGUCCGACAAGGACGUGGAUGGAGUGGAUGGCAAGAACGAGUGUAUCCUGGUACGUGCCUCUCCGAUUCCCUCGAAUCUCAGCUCAGUGGACGAUCGCUUUCUGACGUCGGCGGCGGCGGCGGCGAAGGUGGACCUUGGUCGUCAUAAGGACGACACCGACCAUUUCACCAGUACAGUGCAAUAUUUGGAUCAGCCGAGCGGCUCGGAUGUGAUCCACGGUGGUGGCUCAGAUAUGACCGGCGGGGCCGGUUCCGGGGGCAAAGACCACCAUCACCAUCACCACCACCACUCAUCCGUUUUUUUCAACAAGUCUUUCAGUUCAAAAGCAAACAUAAGCGACCUUAAUCUGUGUAAAGAAAUUGUUAUAGAUGAUGUUUACGAUGAUUCCGAGCUGGAUCAUGUUAAUAUGGACGAUAAGAAGCUCGAAGACUCCCUGACGGGAGGUGGCCACCAACACCUGUCGAACGGUGUUGGUGGAAAAGGAGGCAGUUGUGGGAGUGGUGGCGGCAGCUCGAUGGGUGAUGUUGGCUGCAUGAACGGUGAUGCCGAGGAGAUCAACACUAAGGAACUGGCGCAUCGGAUCAGCUCCGAGCUCAAGCGGUACAGCAUACCACAGGCUAUCUUCGCACAGCGGGUGCUCUGCCGGUCGCAGGGCACACUCUCCGACCUUCUCCGAAAUCCAAAACCAUGGUCUAAGCUCAAGUCCGGUCGGGAAACGUUCCGACGAAUGUACAAGUGGAUCCAGGAGCCCGAGUACCAGCGGAUGUCCGCGCUUCGACUGGCAGCGACCCAAUCGGCGAAACCAGCGGUGAACGCUAAAAAGCACGAGGAGCCGGAUACGAACGUUAUGAUGGGACACACAAAGAAGCCCCGGCUUGUCUUCACGGACCUGCAGCGAAGGACGCUACAAGCGAUAUUCAAAUCGCAGGAAACUAAGAGACCUUCAAAGGAGAUGCAGGUGACGAUCGCUCGGCAGCUCGGCCUGGAGCCCACGACGGUCGGUAACUUCUUCAUGAACGCCCGGCGGCGCUCGAUGGACAAGUGGAAGGACGAAUCGAUGAAGGCGGCAGCGGCGGCGGCGGCGGCGGCAGCCCGGAACGGCGGGGGCGGCGGCAGUGGUCUCGGUAGUGACCUCGGUAUGCUGGGCGGCGGGGGCAGCAACAGCAGUAGCAACGAUAACCUUAUCCUGGAGCACCUGAAAGACGACUCAUCGGACGAAGCGCUCGGCGGCUACGACAGCUCGUUUGCGUCCGACGGCGGUCCGAUGGAACAUAACUAUCAGCAGCACGUUCUCAACUAAUAAUACCUUAAUUUAGUCAAGAAAUAAAGAGAAAAGAAAGUAAAACAAAAAAACAUACACACACACAAGACACAAAGCAGACGGGAGAGUGUGGAUGGGAGCAGAAAUUAAAUUAAUUCACACGCGAAAAAAAGAACAAGGAAAUGCAAGCGCUAGUUAAAUAAAAAAAAAAUCACAACAAUAUGAAAAAAAAACAAGAGAAAAACAAACACAUUUAGUAGGAUUAAUCAGAGUACUAAAGGAAAAAAAAUAACAAAAACGUAGGUGUGUGGCUAUUCACGAAAGCUUGUGAGAAACAAAAAAAGUAACUGUAAGGAUUAGUAGGUUUUCUUUGCAUUUUAAACCAAAUUUAAUUUAUUUAAAUUAUUAACUGAAGAAACAAAGAAGAAAAAUCUAGUCUGUUCUUUCGAAAAAAAUAAGUACUAAGACAAAAACUGUACAUGUACUGUAAAGUUGAAACCUAUCAUUAAAUGAUUUCAAAAACAGAA